AAUUAAUGUGAUAAAGACCUACAAUGGUCCAAGUGGCAAGUUCCAAUCACAUCACGUCUUCAAAAUAAGAUAGUUGACGUGACUUUUUAAAAAAAUGUUUAUAGUAAUUAUAAGUAUUUUUGUUCAUGUUUUGAGUGUUUGAACAGUUUUCAACGAAAUGGAUAUUUCAUUAUUUUCUGAAAAAGAUUUUAAUGUUGUUAAUUGGAUCAAUAAUACAUUAAAAGAUAAACCUCCAGAUCAAUGUCGAGAAAUUAUUCCAUCAAUGUUAAAAAAGUUACAACUAUGUGUAGAACAAGUCAAUGAAGUAUUAGAUGAUUCGACUGAACAAGUUCUUUUUUCUUUGCCUAAAGUAAUCAAUGAUAUCGAGCAGUUUGAAAACCAAGCGAUACAUAUCAAACAAAAAAUCACUGAUUUAAAACAGGAAAUAAAUACUGUUAAAAGUAAUACUGGAGAGUCAUUAAUAAAGUUACAAAUAUAUGAUGAAAUAAAAUGUAAAAUGGAAAUAACAAAGCAUGCUUUAGAAGAAGCAGACAAUUGGACUAAACUUAUAACCGACAUUGAAACUCUAAUUGAAAAUGAAGAAUUAGAACAAGUAACAAGUAGAAUGGUCAGAAUGCAAAAGUCAUUAGCUGUUUUGGAAAAUGUAUCUGACUAUGAAUUAAGAAAAAACCAACUUGAAGAAUUAAAAAACAAACUGGAGGUUAUUUUGACUCCAAUGCUUAAUGACGCGUUUGAAAAUCAAAAAAUUGAUGAAUCAAAAAGUUAUGUACAAAUAUUUACCGAUUUAGACAAACGCGAUCAGAUUAUCAAAUAUUAUAUAAAAUGUAACAAAAAUAAAUUGCGCAAAGAAUGGUCAUCUAAAAUAUACGAUAAAGAAAGUUCCACAAAUCCUGUAUUGUUUAUUGAAAACUUUUAUGAUGCCAUAAUCCAGCGAAAAAAACAACAGAUGGUUUUAUUUAAAAAGUUAUUUAAUAACGAAGAACAACCUGAAAUUGAAUCACAGCUGAUCCUGUCGUAUGGAGAUUUAUUUAAUACGUUAGAACUUCCAUUGUUUGAGUUAGUCGAUGUUUCCAUGAAAGCUCACCACGAACCACUUACUCUGUUAUUGAAUUUAUUUACUGCCACAGAACUAUUUAUCAAAGGCAUUAGAAAUGAUUCAAAAAUUAGUGAAUCGUUUGAUUGGAAUGAUGUACUUAUUAAUAUAUAUCGUCCCUUAAUUCCUCAACUGGCUUCUUAUAAGGAAUUAGAAUAUGAACAUACAAAAAAAAACACUGAGUUAAAACUCAAUAAUGACGAUUUAGUAGAUAUUGUACAAGCUUUUACUCAAUCUCAACUGACGGGAUUUAGAACUUCGGAAGAAGCAAAACGCAGAAGUGCGGUGUUCAAUCAUUGUGUUUUCCCAGGGAUGGUGUUUGCAAUUAACAAAAUUUUUUCCAGCAUUAUCGAAGGAGGAAAAGAGGUAUUAAAAAAAAUUUUAACAACAAUUAAAUCCGGUGAUAAUUGGAACCUAUUUCAAAUAUGCUUAAAGUUUUUACAGUCUUCUGGAGAAUUUUUACGAGAACUGUACUUUUUGGAAUCGGAAUUUAAAAGCUGUCUAUUAACAAACGAAAAUCUAGCUUUGGAAACUUCAAAAUAUUUGCUUUCUGAAGAAAAGCAAAAAGAAUUAAAUACCAUCAUUCAAUUUUUAAAAGAAGACAAACAAUGGAAGCUUUUUAGAGAAACAAUUCAAGGAACAGAGAAAUUAUGUUCACAUAUAUAUCAAACAUUUUAUAAAAUAUCAUUUCUACCAAUAUCUCAUUACUUAAAACAAGUGGACAAAGUAAAAUUCAGCAAAGAAAACUAUUCCGACUCACAUAGAUUUACACCAAGAGAAUAUAUUACGCAGAUAGGCCAAUACCUAAUUACUCUUCCUCAACAUGUUGAACCGUUUUUAGUAAGAGAUAACGAAGCAAUAACUAUAGUUUUAAACUUGGCUGACCGACGGUAUUCUGAUGCUAAUCAGGAAGAAAGUUAUACUAAUGUUUUACUGAAAAUACUGGCAAAUAACACGUGUGAUUUGUAUAUUGAACAAAUUCAAUCUUUAAGAGAUCUUAAUAAUUUUGCUGCACAACAUUUAGCAGCAGACAUAGAAUAUUUGGGAUAUGUACUGGAAGAAUUGGGGGUCAAACUUAACGACACUACUAAACAAAUAAUGAAUUUACUAAGACUACAAAAUGAAGAGUACACUAUGAAAUCAUCAUCAGUCGCUGCACCAAAAGUAGUAGCAGUAAUAGCAAAAAUUAGAAAUAUCAAAUAAAAAAUAUAAUUUAUUUAAAUUUGUACAAUUUAUUAAAUUUUAGUAUGUAAAAAAACAAAACAUAAAUAUACCAAUCAAUUUAAAAGAAAA